UGUCGUACCGGCGGUCGCUCGCGCGGCGGCCCGGGGCCCCGGAGGCGCUCGCGAACCUCGCCGUCGUGCUCCACGAGCGCGGCGGCGCCGGCGACGCCGCCGCGCUCCUCGCCGAGGGCGCGGCGGCGCUCGCGCCGGCGUCCGACGCCUUCCGGCGCAACGCGGCGGCGCUCCGCGCGGCCGCGGCCGCGGGCGACGCGCCGCGGCGCCCCGCGACGUACGCGUGCGCCCCCCUGCCCGGCGACCCGCGGCGCCGGGCGCUGCCGAAUCUCCUGAUCGUCUCCGCGCCGAAGACGGGCAGCACGGCGCUCUACGCGGACCUCGCGGCGCAUCCGAACGUCGCCGGCGGCACCUGCAAGGAGACGCGGUUCUGGCCCCUCCGGACGCGGCGCGGCGACCGCUGGGACGACGCCUACCGCGCCUACUUCCCGCCGAUCGACGAGGGCUGGGACGUCGUCGUCGACGGCGGCGGCACCUACGGCAUGGAGGCGUCGCUCGGCGUCGCCGUCGACGUCGCCGCGCUCAUGCCGGCGGCGACGGUCGCCGUCGGCGCGCUCCGCGAGCCCGUCGAGCGCUACCUGUCGGUCUGGGUGGGCCUCGUGACGCGGUCGGGCCUGCGCGAGCCCUGCGCGGCCUUCUUCGACGCGGCGCGGCGCGAACGGGACGCCUGCGCCGCGGGGCGCGCGUGCGACGCGGCCGCGGCGUCGCCGGCCGCCGACGGCCACUACGCGCGGCACGUAAGGUCCUGGGCCGACGCCCUCGGCCCGGACCGGACGCUGUGGCUGCCGACGUCCGCGGACGACGCCGCGGGCCUCGUCUUCGCGUUCCUGGGCCUCGGGGCGACGGGCGCGGCGCCGUCGCGCGCGGGCAGCGACAACGCGCGCGCGUACCGCGACCCGGCGAGCGCGAAAUUCUUCGCGGCGCGCGCCGGGGCGGCCUGGCGCUGCGACGACGCGGCCCUCGAGGCCUUCUACCGGCCGCUCGACGCGGAGCUCCUGCCGGAGCUCGCGCGGUCCCGGGCCUUCGCGGCGCCCGCCGUCGCCGCCGCCUGGCGCCGGGACGCCUGGUUCUGCGCCCGCGUCGGGUCCUGUGGU